AUGUUCGAGGAGAGUGGAAUACUGCUUGCGAAAAACAAGAGUACCGGCCAGCUAGUGAAGCUUAGUCCAACAGAGCGAGAGGAAGGCCGACAUGCCAUCCAUAGGAAUGAGAUCACAUUUGAUCAAUGGUUAAAGAUGGUAGAUGCAGACUCUGAGGCAGAUACCGAAAUGCUGAUUCCCUUCUCACAUUGGAUAACACCCGCUAUAAAUGCCCGCCGUUUCACAACACAGAUGUACAUUUAUUUUCUACCUCCUGCAAAUGAUACCACUAGCGACAUUGUAAAUCCAGGAUUAAGCAGUGAAGAAGUCCAAGCGCCUACUUCUGAUGGCGGGUUGGAAAUCACCGAAGCGCAGUUCCUCCCAGCAUCGGAGUGGCUACGACGUGCGAAGAUGGACGAGAUAAUCAUGUUCCCUCCCCAGGUGCUAUUACUGAGCUUCGUCGCGCAGUUUCUUGAAAGAGAAGGUGAAAGGACACCGAUACCGGCAGCAGAGUCAUACAAACGACGAGAAGAGCUGAUCAAGUUUAUUCACUCGGGUAACCCUGCAUGGUCUCAUAAAUUCAUUUCCCCACGGCCGUUGGGGAGCAUGCCUGAUGGCAGGUUAAUUAUGGAUUUAAACUACCCAGGCCAGGAACUGGAAGGAACCGACAAAAGAGGUGAUCCAGAAAGGGUUAUCCUGGUGAAGUUCAAAAAAGAAGGGCCCAGGGGAGUAGAAGUACGAUGGCUCAGCGAGGUUAAACCUCAUCUGCAGGACCAUAAGAGCUCGCUCUAG